CCGCCUCUCCAGUAGUAGCCACCAGCCAACAUGUCCACCAUCUCGCAGCUCGUCUCGUCGGCGGCCAAGCUGUCCGUCUCGCCCCAGGGCUACCACCCUCUCGACCCCAUCAACGCGGCUGAGAUUGCUGGCGCCGUCUACGCCAUCAAGUCGUACAUUGCCCAGAACGAGAAGUCGAACGACUACCGCCUCUGGUUCAAGAGCAUUCAACUCGUCGACCCUCCCAAGAAGGUCCUCGCCCCCUACCUCGACGCCUGGCACGAGGCUCGCGCCCGCGGCCAGACUGUCGACAAGCUUCCCCGCCGCGCCGAGGCCCUCCUCGGUGUCAAGCGCAAGGACGGCACCUGCGCGUGGUAUGAGUUCCUCGUCCGCGUUGACGGCAAGGCCGCUGUCGAGAAGGCCGAGCCCACCCCUGCCGACCUCCACGUCCCCGCCGACGUUGCCGAGAUGCUCGCCUGCGAGGAGGCUCUCAUGAAGAACGAGGAGUUCCUUGCCGCCUGCAAGAAGAUUGGUGUCCCCGCUCACGCCAAGAUCAUCCCCGACGGCUGGAUCUACGGUGCCGACUCGACUGCCCGCACCGAGCGCUACACGCCAUUCAUGGUCUACCUCUCGUUCAACGAGAAUGAGGACUCGUGCCACUACUCGGCCCCUCUCCCCAUCGUCCCCGUCCUCAACUCGGACACGUUCGAGCUCGUCCGCCUCGACUACACCCCCAUCCUCGGCACUGGCGAGAAGACCAUCCUCGACCUCGACGGCCCCUUCCCCUGGCACCUGUACAUCCAGAACGAGUACGACUACAACAUCCUCACCUCGAUGGGCGAGAACUUCCGCAAGGACCUCAAGCCCCUCCGCGUCGUUCAGCCCGAGGGUGCCUCGUUCUCGCUCGAGGGCCGCGUCCUCCGCUGGCAAAAGUGGGAGAUCCACGUCGGCUUCAACGCCCGCGAGGGUAUCGUCCUCUCCGACGUUCGCUACGACGGCCGCAAGACCUUUUACCGUCUGUCCGUCUCGGACAUGACCGUCCCCUACGGUGACCCCCGUGCCCCCUACCACCGCAAGCAGGCGUUCGACCUCGGAGACCUCGGAGCCGGUAUCUGCGCCAACGAGCUCGCCCUUGGCUGCGACUGCCUCGGUGACAUUCUCUACCUCGACUGGGACCACCUCGGCGUCCAGGGCCAGAACACGACCGCCAAGUCGGUCAUCUGCAUCCACGAGCAGGACGAGGGCAUCGGAUGGAAGCACACCAACUACCGCACCAACAACCCCUCGGUCACCCGCAACCGUGUCCUCGUUGUCCAGUCGAUCCUCACCGUCGCCAACUACGAGUACAUCUUUGCGUGGAAGUUUGACCAGGCCGCUGGUGUCCACCUCGAGACCCGUGCCACGGGUAUCCUCUCGACCGCCGCCAUCCUCCCCGGCGAGACCUCGCCCUACGGCAACGUCGUGUCGCCCGGUGUCCUUGCCACCAACCACCAGCACAUCUUCUGUGUUCGUAUCGACCCCUCGAUCGACGGCCACAACAACACGGUCGUCCAGGAGGACUCGGUCCCCAUGCCCUUCGACAAGCACAACCCGCCUGCCGACAACCGCUGGGGUGUUGGCUACGUCGUCGAGAAGACGCCCUUCAAGGUCUCUGGCUUUGCCGACGCCGCCCCCAUGAAGAACCGUGUCUUCAAGAUCACCAACCCCAACGUGAUCAACCCCAUCUCGGGCAAGCCCGUGUCGUACAAGCUCGUCCCCGCCCCCUCGCAGCUCAUGAUCGCCCACCCCGACUCGAUCCAGUACGCCCGUGCCGAGUUUGGCGAGCACCACCUCUACGUCACCAAGCACGUCGACGGCGAGUUCUACGGCGGUGGCAAGUUCACCAACAUGUCCAACGGCAACGCCAAGGGCAUGCGCACCUUUGUCGGCCGCAACGACAACGUCGAGAACGACGACGUCGUCGUCUGGCACUCGUUCGGCCUCACCCACAACCCCCGUGUCGAGGACUUCCCUGUUAUGCCUUGUGAAGUGCAUACGAUUUCUCUGAAACCCAAUGAUUUCUUCGCAAGGUCGCCUGCCAUCGACGUUCCUCCCUCGACCCAGGCCUUCAACCAGUCGCACCUCGUCACCGGCAAGGGCAAGGAGGUCGCCGACUGCUGCUCGGGCAAGGCCAACCUGUAGUUGGCGGACACGACAAAUACAAAAGGCGGAGGGUCAGAAGGGUUUGUGUUCUCUCGGGUUGCGCAGCAGGUA